AUGGUGGUCUGGGCCAUCCUGCUGUCAUGGCUGACGCUGGCCCAAGGCAUGCGAGGCCAUCAGAUUAAAGAGUUGAGACAGGAAACAGAACGCAUGUUUUACCACGGCUUCGAAAACUACCUCGACCAUGCCUACCCCGAAGACGAGCUGCGCCCUUUGACCUGUGGCCCUCUGGUCCGUGACGAGCAAAACCCGGAACACAAUGAUGUCUUGGGCAACUACUCCUUGACCCUCAUUGACAGCUUAUCGACUCUGGCGAUCCUUUCGUCGAGCCCGGAAAGUGGUGAUCGAGCCUUGGCGCAUUUCCAGGAUGGAGUAAAGGAGUUUACAAGGCUCUAUGGAGAUGGGUCGUCUGGCCCUGCUGGUCAGGGAGAGCGAUCAAGGGGGUUCGAUCUCGACAGUAAGGUGCAGGUGUUUGAGACUGUUAUUCGAGGACUCGGCGGACUACUCAGUGCUCACCUCUUCUCCGUCGGCGAACUCCCCAUCACCGGAUACAAUCCAUCAAAACAGGAGGCGAAUUUCGCGAGGGCGUGGGAUAAAAGUGACUUCUCCAAGGCCGAUCAUGGCAUACCAUGGGGGAAUGGAUUUGUUUAUGACGGUCAGCUGCUCCGACUUGCCGUCGAUCUGGCGAACCGUCUUCUCCCUGCCUUUUACACAGAGACCGGUCUCCCGUAUCCUCGGGUGAAUCUACGACACGGGAUACCUUUCUAUGAGAACUCCCCUCUCAAUGCCAAUUCCGGAAGGGAUGGCGAGAAUGGACCGCGGAAAAGAAAGCCCAGGUACCUGGCAACGUCAGAAGUCACUGAGACUUGCAGCGCCGGCGCUGGCAGCCUCGUUCUCGAACUCACCGUCCUGAGCAGGCUUACCGGCGAUGGCCGGUAUGAGGACUUGGGCAAGAGGGCAUUUUGGGCGGUUUGGACACGCCGAAGUGAGAUCGGCUUGCUCGGGUUUGGAAUCGAUGUAGAGUCAGGAGAUUGGGUAGGGCCAUAUUCGGGGAUUGGUGCUGGGAUUGACAGCUUUUUUGAAUAUGCCUUCAAAUCCCACGUCCUCCUGUCCGAAGGAGAGCGGCUGCCUUUUGAUUCCAACAGCCCAUGGGAGGCACUGGAUGGCUACUACGCGCCCUUGACUGAUUACCAACACUCGCCGGAAGCCUUCUUGCAAGCCUGGGAGGAAUCCCAUGCCUCAAUCAACCGUCACCUGUACCGGGGCGAAGGAUACCAGCAUCCUCAUCUUAUUGUCGGGGAUGUGCUGACUGGUGCCACCCGAGCCUUCUGGAUUGACAGCCUGAGUGCAUACUAUCCAGGUCUUCUUUCUUUGGCCGGGAGAGUGGAUGAGGCCAUUCAGAUUCAUCUGCUGACGACCGCGAUUUGGACGCGCUUCUCGGCUCUCCCUGAGCGCUGGAAUGUGGCAACGGGCGACGUCGACAACGGUCUUGCGUGGUACGGAGGCCGGCCCGAGUUCAUCGAGUCCACUUACUACAUCUACCGCGCAACCAAAGAUCCCUGGUACCUACAUGUGGGAGAGAUGGUGCUACGGGACCUUAAGCGACGGUGUUGGACCAAGUGUGGUUGGGCCGGUCUGCGGAAUGUCCAUACCGGCGAACUCAUCGACCGGAUGGAAAGCUUCUUCUUGGGCGAAACCGCCAAGUAUAUGUUCCUGCUCUUUGACCCAGACCAUCCGCUGAAUAAAGUCGAUGUGCCGUGGGUCUUCUCCACUGAAGGCCAUCCUUUGGUUAUUCCCAAGAAGGCGGCCGCGUCACAACGGCCCCGUCGCCGGCGGCACCAGUCGUCGCCAUCGGCACCCAAGCUUGCGGAAGGCAUCUGUCCAGCCAGCCCUCUUCCACCGACUUUUGGCGGGUCUUCUACUGCGUCUCGUUCCGAUCUCUUCCACGCUGCCAGCUUGGCCCGCUUAGAUCUCAUGCCCGAUCGAGGAGCGGUUGAGGGCCCCAUCUUGGAGGAUUCUCCCAAGCAUCCGAGCGUUUCCGUGUCUGACCUGUUGUCACCGACCAACUACACAUUCUACCCUUGGACGUUACCUCCUCAGCUGGUCCCAUUUGACGCCACCAGUGCACCGAUGGCCAUUCGGCCCUCAUUCGAUAUCUCAUUCCCAUCACUCCCCGGUGGGAUCAACCUAGGACCUGGGGCAUUGGAACGGGUCCAGGAUGGGAUCUUAGUUAAAACGGUUGGAGGGCUCCGAUUGAGUAUGGUUCAAGAUGGGUCGUUGGAAGAGCCAGCGUCUGGUUCCGAGGACAAGGACGACGGUUACCGGGUACAGGUGAUCAACAACGUUCCUCUAGGGAAAGAUGAGAAGGUAUUCCUCUCUCGCCAGAUCACCUUUGAUGUCGUCGAUCCCUAUGACCCAAAUUUUACCCGGAUUCGCGACUCCAACAUGCUUGACCUCGUCAUUGACGUUCUCCCAGAGCCCUCUCGCCGAAGCAAUGCACGGCCACCACCAACCCAGCCCCCAGUCGACGCUGACGCCGUCGACUCUCCCGAAUCCUCCAUGAAAGCUAUGCUGUCGUCAUUUAUUAGUUCAGUUUCAGCUCUACUCCGUGACGAGCCCGCCGAAACCACCCCACUUCGACUCAGUCUCCCUGCCACCAUUUCCAGUGGUAUCGGAGCGGGCCCGCUCCCGGAAGUUGAGGACGCAAUCACGACGUCGCUGUUCGGUGGUCCGUCCCAUACCUCCCUGUCCUGGUCCACGAUCUACUUCGCUGGCGAGAUCUGUGACGAGCGGGUUCUGCGCGACGUCGUCCAGAGCCACGAGGUGCUCGUCAUAAAACGUGGUGGCUGCAGCUUCUCCCACAAACUACGCAACAUCGCCGCUUACCGGCCAUCGCGCACCGCCUUGAAGCUUGUUGUAGUGGUUUCAUACGAAGACGAGAACGGUGAUCCAACCCCCUCGGCUGGGGACUCUUCGGGGCAAAAGGAGAAUCGGGCCAAGUCCGGGCCGUCUCUUGCGGCCUUCCGCGCUGAGUCCUCCCUCAUCCGCCCGCAUCUCGAGGAACCCCAGAUGACCGCAAGUGGCAUUCCCCGCCGCCAUUUGGUUAGCAUGGUCAUGGUCGGCGGCGGCGACGAGACGUACGAGCUCCUGCGCCGUGUGACGGGCAUCGGCAUCAAGAAGCGGUAUAUGAUGCACUCGCGUGGCAUACCGAUCACGAACUUGUAUAUCUUGUGA